UAAACCCACAUUCGAUUUCGUUCAUUCGACUUGUCGCCGGCAACGCACGCGCACGCUGCUGCACUUUAUUAUUUUUUCUAUCGCCAUUACCGUCAGUGUCGAUCAUAUUCCCAUCGCAUUCCGCGUAUUUAUUUUACCGUUGUGCAGUCCACACGYGACGAAGACCGCGGUCCACGGUUUUCUUCUUUUUCUUGUCGUUUUGGAUUUUAAAUCUUUUCAUUUUGUCCUUGCGUCCAGCUCAAACGAACCCUGUGGCAGUGCGUCGUUUGUACUUUUCGUCCACCCCUUUACGCGGAUUAAUAUAAUAUAUAUAUAUAUAUUAUACAUAACAGGUUCGGGCCAUUGCACUGUCGCGAUACACCUGCAGUGCUUCAACAUUCUUUUUCAGAGGUAAAUGGGUUUUACGACUGAAMAAUGAGUGUAAGGACAUCUGCUUGUUUGAUUUCUUUGAGUAUCCUUUUUGGAUUCAUUUUAUUUGUCAGAGGUGAACAUUUUUAUUUACCCAAGGAAAAUAAUGACUUCUCUAAUGAUUUGCAAGAUGACUGGGUGCCGAUAUCUGGUAUCGAUAAAAGGUCAACUAGAAUCAACAAUGGAUUUUCACAGGUUGUACAUAUAACGCCGCCGGUCCGGUAUAGCAACCGACCACUCAAUCUACAACCAGCGGCAUCUAACAAAAUUGAAGUGUUCGCUCAACCACCACCCACUAUAUUAGGUUCUUUUAGUGAAUUCGGCCAUGCAACUAUCGAGGCAAGAGAGCCAGCACACACUUUAAAUUUCAGACCAAGCUACAACUUUGACAGGCAUUACGAAGAAACUAACGACCGUCGUUUUCAACAAAAUGAUUACAACGAACCAGAAGACCAAAAGCCUCCCGCAAUCGUAGUAUUCAACGCUCAACAACGUCAUCCUCAAAAUUAUCAAAAACCACCACCACCACAAUCACCUCCACARUUCUACCAAAACUUCCAAUUCCACAACAUCAACAACAACCUCAAUAGUCAGAWCAACAACCCUAACAACAAUCAUAAGAGCUUUGGAUUCAAGGAGCCACCACCAAUCGUACAAGAUCCUCCUAAGAGACUGACGCCAUAUUAUGUGCCUAAUGAUCAUAUUUUCCCGAGACCUCAGGGUAAUAACAAACAAGUUUACGCGGAACAACGACCAAAACCAUUUUUAGUGAGCCCCUCAGAGUCAAUACAACAACAGCAACAUAAGCAACAACACCAAAACUACAACCACCACCAUCAACAACAACAACAACAACAACAACAGGAACAGCAGUACAAAUCGCCUACAGAAGGUGGAUCAUCAGCGUACUUCCAAAAGUAUCCUGGUCACGUCGAAAGCCAAAAUUUGUAUCCUCAAAUCUCGAAUUUUGCACGACCGUUUGAACAAUCRAAUGGAGAUCAAAACGUAUUCAUAAAACCCAAUCAGUAUGUGCACAAUUUAAAUGUAGGCACAGAAGUACGGUUCGGCCAGGAACACRUAAGCCAACCGAUCCGACCGGUAACAGUGGACUUGUCGACCGCGUUCACGCACCCAGCGACCAGGCCAUUCAGCAAGUACCAGACGCCGACACCUAAAAACGAAGAGCUUUAUCGGAUAUUCCCGGUGAAAGAAGUCAAUGCGCUGCCCACUUUUUUGCCUACGCCAGUUACGUUGGGCCAACAGCAACCCUCUGACAGUCGUCCGAAGGCGCCAUACUUCAAAGACGCCGUAGUUGGUGGUUCAUUAGAGUACGACGCUCAUGAAGAACAAGACGAGAACGAGUCCGGCGAGCAGUAUGACAUAUUGAAAAGUCCUACCAAGCCGAUGUCAACAUCGACCUCGACCACGACCACUACCACGACCACGGUUGCGCCCAAGACGACGCGCAAGCGAAAACCAAUCACGACAACGACAACCACCACGACGACCGCCUUGCCGGACGAUUACGAUGAGUAUGCGGUGCCCAACCGUCAACAAUUACAGUUACAAGAACACCAACAGGACUACCGACCACGACAGCAGUACCAACAACACGAAGAUUACGAAACGGUGUUUGUCCCCACGACAGAGGCGUCGACGACCUACGCGCCGGYCAGAGAAGAACGACCUGUUCCAGUGUCAGUGAAUAAGUUUAAGAAAAAGAAACCUUUACCGUCAUCCAGGCCCAAAGAACCAUACCAGCCAGUCGAAUACGAAAACGUGCCUGAACGAGUGACAUUAGCGCCGACACCGACRCCGACCACUACUACCACGACCGCAGCGACCACUACCGCAGCUACCACAACGACAACGAUCACAUCUCAGCCGAAUACCGCAGAUGCUGCGGCGACGGACGCGCGAGCAAAGAUCAAAUCCAAAUACGGAAACGGUACACGGCCGCGGUUCAGUAUCAAAGACUAUAAAACCACGACCACUACGACCACUACCACCAGUACGGAGAAAGCGCCGUUUACAGUAGGACGGAGGACGACCACCACCACGAGUCCCGCGCCCACAGAUCCGGAAGCCGUUGAACAGCCCGCCAACACAACUGCGCGGAAGUCGUACAAACCGCGGAUUCGGCCCAAUCGGUACAAGGCUAGCACAUUGACGACAACUACCACGGAAGAACCGCAACAACAACAGCAACAGGAUACCACCACGGAACGGGCGUACAGGAACAAAUAUAAGCCUGGCAAGUACUACAACAGACUGAGAACGAGCACAGACUCAGCGGUACCGGUGGUGGACGAUGGUAGCGAACCGGCGGCCGCCACGGAGCCGACCAGACCUUUAGUGUAUUCGGCCAAACGGCGGACGGUUCCGACCAUUAGGACGGCCUCAGUGCAGCCGGCCACUGCCUCGGUGGCUGAAGAACACAACACGCUCAGGAGGAGCUCGUCCGUGUCGCCAUUCGACGAGAACACGUCUUCUGAGGCGAUGGACGCCGCGUCUUCCGAAGACGUAGAUUAUGUUGCAACCACGGUCGCGGUAACUCCGGUGGCACCGAGGCACAAGUACCACACCUCGUAUGCGGCUGACAGACCGCUGUUGCCCAUUGAGUCGUUCUUCCAGUCUUCAAUGGCCAAUAAACGGCACCACAACAAACGGCGAUGAUCGCCGGUGCUAAAUAUAUAAUAUAUUAUAGUAGCUCAAUAUAUAAUAAUGAUUUAAAUGAUUACCUAAUAUUAUWAUAACUUUAUCGCCUAAAAUGCUCACGACAAAYAGCCGAGAAAUAUCCGAUCAAGCAUUAUAAUAUAUGCAUCGACCAUCAGACCUAUCAUACACAACGCACAAUAAUACAUAUUAUUUAUAUACAAGCGAUCGAAACACAUUUGUAGUAUAUAAAUUAUUUUAAUACCAAUGUUAAUAUAGCUUUAUAUAACUAUUCUCCCCUAUGUUUGUUUCAUGCAUGGUUUUCAGAAAUAAAUCAUAGAUUCCCAAAACAAUCUCGUAAAUUAGAUGAUCAGAUAUUUCUAGGCUUUUGUGUAAUUCAAUACCAUAAUAUUUUAAAUAUCGUCAUUGCGUUACAACGUCGUUGUUAAGCUAAAUACAUUUUGUACUACGACACAAUAAUUUGUAAGUAGAUGCAUAUUUCUAUGUUCAUUAUGUGUAAACUCUCGCCGUUGACCACUUAUCCUCUAUUUAAAUUAUAUCUAAUAUAAUAUUUCGCUGUGACAUUAUUAUUGUAGUAAGUAGUUUAUUUUAUUUA